CGUCACACUGCGUUGAUGACGUCAUCAAUAAUCGCCGACCUCACCAGCAUGGAGGAGUCCUGUUGCUGAAGAUUUUUUUGACCUUUCUGUAUCCCUUUUGUCGUGUUACGGUUUCAGUAAAAGUGCAGAAUGACAACCAAACACGUAGCGGUUCACGCUAAGUGGAUCAUCGGGAAAGUGAUCGGCACCAAGAUGCUCAAAACUGCCAAAGUGAGGGUCACCAGGCUCGUGCUGGAUCCUUACCUUCUUAAAUACUACAACAAGAGGAAGACCUACUUUGCUCAUGAUGCCUUACAGCAAUGCACUGUGGGAGACGUCGUCCUUCUCAAGAGUCUGCCAGAGCCCAGAACCAAACACGUGAAGCAUGAACUGGCUGAGAUAGUGUAUAAAGUCGGUCGUGUAGUUGAUCCACUGACAGGAAAACACGUCGCAGGGACUGAGUUUGUGGAUUCUCUGUCUGACCUUCCACUUGAACGGGACACAACAUUGUCAGAAAAGCUGCAGGAGCUCAACAUCUCUGCCACUUCCAGUGGAGCUGAUUCUCCACCUGCUCAAACUCCCACUUCAUGAGAGAAAACUGCUCUUUUAUUUCUGUGUAAAUACCACUCUGCAAUGUUUUGGUUUUGUGUUAAUUUAGAGAUGGCUUUAUAAGACAAUUAUCUAGUCCUACUGUCUACAUAUAAUUUACAGUACAUGCUACCUACUCAUGUAUGUUGAUUUUGAUUUUCAAUAAAAAUGUGUGGGGGAAGAAAAUCACAAACAUGUAA